CUCCUUUGGUGCCCUUUCUUCCUGCUUGGGGGUGGGGGGGAGGCUUGGGGUCCGUUCUGUCCCCUCCCUGGAGGCGGUGUCUUUCCUAAUGGUCUCUGACCCUCCCCCCUCCGACAUCCUCUCCCCCCUCACCCCGCCACCCCUCAACUCCGGCCUGAGUCUCUUUCCCAACCCCUCAGGGAGAAAGGGACUGGAGGAGGGAGCUAGUGACAGACAGGGACCGGAGACAGAGGGCUCGGGAGGCAAAGGAGAGGCCCAGACAAAGGCAGCCAGAGAGGGAGGCGGCCGGGACUGGGAGAUAGCGCUGCCCUGGGCAGGAGGAGGCAGGGGCUGGCCCAAACCGGCCGAGGCCGGAGGCCGGGGGGGCACGCCGAGGCAAGGGCAGGGCCCACGGGCCAGGGGCCCCAGGGAGCCGGCCUGACGGGCCUGGGCUGGAAGGUAGAGGAAAGGAGGCGCCACCACAGACCCGGACCCACUCGCGGAGACACCAUGGGGGGGCUGGAGGGAGCCAGGCUGCUGCUGCUCCUGCUGCUCUUAGGGGGGGCAGGGACGGCCUGGGAACCACACAAGGGGAAGUGCCCCCCAAGUUGUUCCUGUACCAAAGACAGUGCCCUGUGCACCGGCUCCCCCCACGUGCCCGAAGGCUUUCCCCCUACCCUGCUGUCCCUGUCUCUGGUAAGAUCUGAAGUGACUCACCUUACCUCUGGCAGCUUCCUAGAGGUCCCUUCCCUGCACCUUCUUCUCUUCACAGCCAACACCUUCUCUGUGAUUGGAGAUGAUGCGUUUGCUGGGCUCUCCUACCUCCAGUAUCUGUUCAUUGAGGACAAUAACAUCAGCUCCAUCUCCAAGAAUGCCCUGCGGGGGCUGAGAUCCCUCACACACCUGAGUUUGGCCAAUAAUCACCUGCAGACACUGCCCAAGUUCCUGUUCCGAGGACUGGAGACCCUGAGCCAUGUGGAUCUUCGGGGAAACCCCUUCCUCUGUGACUGCCGCCUGCUGUGGCUGGUCCUGUGGCUGCCCCGAGUGAAUGCCAGCGUGGGAGCGGGGGCCUGUGCUGGGCCCCCUCCAUUAGCCAAUAAACAGCUCCAGCACCUGGACCCGGACACCUUCCACUGCAGGACUGUAGAGCUGUCCUGGUUCCAGACUCUAGGGGAACCAGCGCUUGGUGUGGAAACCUUCUCCUACCUGGGGGAGCCGCACGUGGUGCUGGCCCAGCCCUUCGUGGGCAGGUGCCUCUUCCUGGUCUGGGAUUACCUGCAGCAGCGCUUCCGACCAGAUGGAGAGAUCCCAGCGCCGUCGGUGGUGGCCUGUAAGCCCCUGGUGCUAGGCUCGCGGCUGUUCGUGCUCGUGGCCCGGCUGUGGGGGGGAUCCCAGCUGUGGUCCCGCCCGAGCCGGGGGCUGCGUCUGUCGCCGUCCCAGGCCCUGGCCCCGGAGCUGCUGCUCAAACCCAACGACGCCGAGCUGCUCUGGCUGGACGGGGAGCCGUGCUUCGUGGUGGCCGAGGCGUCCAAGGCCGGCCGCACCACCCUGCUGUGCCGCGACGGGCCGGGCCACGGCUUCUACCCGCGCCAGAGCCUGCACGCGUGGCACCGCGACACGGACGCCGAGCCCCUGGAGCUGGCCGGGGAGCCGCACCUGCUGCUGGCCUCGGCCUCGCAGAGGCCCGUGCUCUACCGCUGGCAGCACGGCCGCUUCUCGCGGCGCACCGACGUGCCCGAGGCCGAGGACGUCUACGCCACUCGCCACUUCCAGGUGGCUGGAGACGUGCUGGUCUGCCUGACCCGCUACCUGGGCGACUCCAUGGUGAUGCGCUGGGAUGGGUCCAUGUUCCGUCCACUGCAGGCACUGCCCUCCCGAGGUUCCCUCAUCUUCCAGCCAUUGCUCAUUGCUGGGGACCAGCUAGUCCUGCUGGGGAGCGACUUCACCUAUAGCCUGGUGUUCCAAUAUGAGCCAGACUCGGGGCUCCUGAAGCUGCUGCAGGAGCUGGGGCCUCCGGUGCCCUCGGCUCCCCGGGCCUUCUCUUUCAUCUCCGUGGCCGGCCGGAGGUUUCUCUUCACUGCCAACUUCAAGGGCCCCACCCAAGUCUACCAGCAUCUCAUCCAGGACCUCAGUGCCUGAACAGGAAGGGACGGAGACCCCCACUCCUUCUCCCAUGAGCCCAGAGGGGCUGGGAAAUGUGACUGCAUCUCAACAUGGAAGAGCCCGGUGCUGGGAGGUCAGGAGACCAAGGGUCACUCCGCCACAACUAAUUUACUGAGCGAGUCCAGUCUCUUAUUUGUUCUAAAUUUCCUUUCUUGGAAAAAGGAAAGGGAUUGGACUGGUGACCUUUAAGGAGCCCUCAGUUCUAGCAUCCUGUGAGUCUUUGAAAGUUGGGUGAGGAUGGGGCUGAGGAGACACUCCUUGGAGGAGUUAGUAUGGCAUAAUGGAAAUGGUGUUUGAAGUCUUGGGUUCUAUUCUUUGCUCCACUUCAUCUAUGAAAUGGGUUGAUGGCAGCAAAGGGUUGUCUUGGAUAAUCCCAAAGGACCCUUCCAGCUUUUAACGCCUAUGACCUAGAAGUCUAUUGGGACUGUCCCACCGAACACUCAGAUUCUGAGACCGUGGCCCAGACAGUGCCCCUGACCCUCCUGGCCACUGAGGGGACUUGCCUUCUGAGAAACCACAUAUUGAGCCAGAGACUCCCAAUCAUCGGGAAGCUGCCCCUGACAUGGUGGCAACUGGGUAGCAGAGAAAUGGCAGCGAUAGACCAGUGUGGCCAGCUCUGGGCUCGGAACUAGGAAAGCUCCGUUGGAAUGUUCCUAAUAUUAAAUUAUGGGAUUCUGAGCACAA